CCAAAUCUAAAGUCAUCUUAUUUUUUGGUACAAUUUUUGUAGGUUUUGACUAAAGAGAGAGAGAAAGAGAAAAACAGAAACAUCUUGUGCUCUAUCUUCUUCCUUCAUCUUCUUCUACUGUCAUUUUCCGAUAUAUACUCUCGAGGAAAACAAAACCCAAAUCCACCUCUUUUCCUUCCCAUCCCUCUCUCCAUUUUCUUUCUCCUUUUAUUAAUUCAAUUCCCUUUUAAAAUUCCAUUCCUUCUACCUCACUCACUGCUAUAGCUUAACAACAACAAUCUCUCUCUCUCUCUCUCUCUUACUCUCACCACAUUCACAACAACCUCUUCGGCAUGUCUGUUUUUUGUUUCUCAAAAAUUUCCAACACUCACUUCUUCUAGCUCGCUACCUCCUUUUCUUCAUCUUAGCUUUUUUUUUUCUCUUUUUUCACAACUUCUUCCUGGUAAGCUUUCCAGAUUCUUUUCUUGGGAAAGACUGAAAAUACAAAAGUGAAAAAGGGAUUAUAUCACACACACUGUUGCAGGGUCUAGCUACCUUAUAUAUCCUCCUCCUCACCUUGUGAAUAUUGCACUUUUAAUUGCCGAGGAGUGUCAAAAUCUGAUGCCAUUUUAAUAAAGGAAAAGGAAAGGUGUUUGAUAUAUACAUACAUAUAUAUUUUGUGAGCAUCAAGCCAUCCAAAUAAAGAAGAUGACCUUGGAGGGGAUUUUCAUUGAGCCUACUUCAACCACUGCUCCUGAUCUUUCUCUUCACAUAAGCCCCCCAAGCAUCUCCUCUUCCUUAAUUUCCAAUACCAACAACAUCAUCAAUUAUGAACCCCAACCUAGUUUCCUUUCAAGGACUGUGUCUCAAGCCCACACAGAACUCUCUCUUGGAAGAAAUUUCACUUCGGCAAGGGAAACACCACCACCAACACCAACUCCAACACCACACAACCCUUAUUAUCCAACCCAAACCCAAACCCAAACCCAUUUCCAUCAUCUUCUCCACAGCAGCAGCAGCAGCACUACUACUACUAGUAAUAUUCCAACAAGUGUUCCUACAAGUGCCAACACUCCCUUGAAUCACAUAAACUAUGGAGUUUCAUUGCUUGAUGUAUCAUCAUCAGACGGCUUGAGGCCAAUCAAGGGGAUUCCGGUGUAUCACAACCGUUCGUUCCCUUUUGUGGCCAUGGACCAUGCUAGAGACAACAAGGAUCCUCAUACCAAGAUGUGCUUGUAUCAUCACAUGCCUUCUUACCCAUCUCUCUCUUCCUCGUGUUCCUCUCUGUGCUCCACAGCCGCUCCUUCUUCUUCGCCUUCGCCUUACUUCGUGGAUCCCAUGUCCUUCUUGAACAACGCUUCCACCGUGGGGUGUAGGACAGCCACUGCCACAAGGUUUAAUGGGUUUUCCGGCGAUGCUUUCAAAUCUCAUCCAUUGCACCAAUAUGGGGUAGGCUCUUCAGAAGCCUCUUCGGGGUUCAUGAGAUCAAGGUUUUUGUCUAAGCUUCCCAACAAGAGGAGCAUGAGAGCACCCAGAAUGAGGUGGACAAGCACCCUCCAUGCUCGAUUUGUCCAUGCGGUGGAGCUUCUCGGAGGCCAUGAAAGAGCUACUCCAAAAUCAGUUCUUGAGCUCAUGGAUGUGAAGGAUCUAACAUUAGCUCAUGUGAAAAGCCAUUUGCAGAUGUAUCGAACUGUUAAGACCACUGACAAACCUGCAGCAUCUUCAGGCCAUUCAGAUGGGUCUGGAGAGGAUGACUUAUCUCCUAUUGGCAGCACCGCCGAUCGGGGCAGUCUCCGGCAAUUUCCCAGCCACAGAGGGCGGCCGGAUUGGGUGGCGCAACAAGACAUGGACUACUCUUCCACCACCACUCUUUGGAGUAAUUCUUCAAGUUGUGGAGAAUCGCGACAAAGAACAACUUCUAACGACAUAGAUGGUCUGAGAUCACCUAUUCUCCAGUCACAAACAAUAUCAGGAGCUCAUCAAAUUCAGGAGUGUGAUUCAACACAACAGAAGAACAACAUGGGAGGUUCUAAUUUGGAGUGCAAGAAUCCAAGCUUGGAAUUCACAUUAGGAAGACCACAUUGGGAUGGCAAAGAGCAAGCGUAACUAAACUUGAUUUGUUCCCUUCUUUUGGUUUUGUUUUGCAAUUUUAUUUAUAAACCAUGGUGACAACUUCAUCAUCUUUUAUGAAAUGUAGAGCUGAUUAUUUAGAUAAAUAUAAAUUGGUGUCUAGGAGAUGAAGAAAAGACCCUUUCUAGUUCUGCUUCGGGAAGUGUUUUCAGUUCAUGACAGUUUUGUUCACAUUCUAUAUUUUGUUUCUAUUUAUCGGAGAGGAUAAGGUAACAACGGGAAAUUAUGAUGUAGCAAUAAGGCUUUGUGAACCAAGAUGAUGCAUAUGCAAAUGUACAAGAGCAAAGGAGGGAGAGGGAUUGAAAAUUGAAAGUGUAGGGAAAGGAAUAAAGAAGUUUAAUCAUAUUUUUUGUUGUUG